ACAGAUGUGCUCCAUAUGAUACAGUGUCCACGUGUUUUCCUUGUGUGUCCUUAAAGGCACCAUUACUUUGUUUUAAGUAAUGGUGCAGUGAACGUAUAUCACAGAGAUAAGAUAAAGUAAUGUCGAUCACGUAUAAGGUGGAAGUGAUGAAUGGAAGAUCUCAUUGUAAAGAGGCCUUGCUCGGGGACACCUGAGCCCCACGAUUUGCAAAAGAAGCGAAAUGAAGAAACUAUGCCUGCUGACAAGCUUUUUGUGCAGUCGAGUGAAAAAUAAAGCAUCUGAAUGCCGUUCAAGCAAGGCCAGGCCUGUUUGUCUGGGAAAUGCUGCAAACUGUCUGGGCAGUGGACAGAGCUGAGGGUCAAGUGGUUGGUGGAUCCCGGUUUCACGUUCCUGUUGGGAAUCCUGCCGCAGUGUUCCAGGCAGACACAACUUAAGUGCGUCACACCACCAGAGGCUUGGUGUCAGGGAGCGCUAAGGGCCAUCUGGCCGGUGCUACUGCCUCCUCUGGGCACAACUGCGCAACCACCUGGGGAGCAGGAAUGAGCUGGAGCAUGGUGGAAAACAAGACGGCUGCUCUGACCCCUCGAUAAAAAGCAGGAGUUGUAGCCAAGUCUGUCAUAAAAGAGAGCAGAGAGGAACAGUAUUUAACUAGCACCCCAGAGAGCAGCUGACUACUGAACAAGGGGAAAAAGACAAGCACAAACAGCCAUGGUAAGCUGAUGGACGAAGAGAUGCAUACGGAGGACUGCACUGUGGUGUGUGAACCAGCACAUCUCCAACACAUCAUCAGGAGGAAUAAUGGGGAGCAUGCUUCCAAAGUUCCCUGCCGGGCUGGUUUCUCACAAAGCUUCUACUCUGUGCUGAUUUCAAGGGAUGUACUGCAAGACCGGGCCAUAGUUAAAGAUACCACUGUGUCAUCACAAAAAGUGAAGUUUGAUGACUGCAUGGGGAAUGAAGCGGUGGAUUUCCAGAGCAGUGACCCUUUCUUCAGUGUGCGGGCAGAUGGGUCCAUCUUUGCCAAGGGACAGGGAGCCAGCUUGGAGGAACCAGUCCAGUUUAAACUGACAGCAAGAGGUCCACAUGCACAUGUCUGGGAGACUGUGGUCCAACUGGCUCUAAUUGACCCACCUUCACCUCAACAAAAUGAAAAUGAGGUCACGAAGGAAGAGGGGAAAGUUGCAGAGAGAAAAGAGAGGAAGGAGGCGUUUCAGGCACCACCCCCUGUCAUCAUGUUCUCAGGGUCCCGCCUGAACAGCUCCAAGGGUCUGCGGAGACAGAAGAGGGACUGGGUGAUCCCACCAAUCAACGUGGCAGAAAAUUCUCGAGGACCAUUCCCUCAGAUGCUCGUCAGCAUUCGUUCAGACCAGGACCAGGACAUUUCCAUCCGGUACAGCAUCACUGGGGUGGGAGCAGAUCAACCACCCAACGAGGUGUUCAAUAUCGACCCUGUGCUCGGAAAGAUGUUCGUCACCAAACCUCUUGAUCGAGAGCAUCGCUCUUCUUACCAUUUGCGAGCCCAUGCUGUGGACAUGAACGGAAACCAGGUUGAGAACCCCAUAGAUCUGUACAUCUUUGUCAUCGACAUGAACGACAACAGACCAGAGUUCAAAAACCAGGUGUACAACGGCUCUGUGGACGAAGGCUCUAAACCAGGAACACCAGUGAUGCACGUCUCAGCAUUCGAUGCUGACGACAACACUACAGCUAACGGAAUGGUGCGCUAUCGAAUCCUUUCCCAAAUGCCGCACAGCCCCAUACCCAACAUGUUCACCAUCAACAGUGAGACUGGAGACAUUGUGACGGUGGCACCUGGUCUUGAUCGAGAGAAAGUGUCCCAGUAUACCAUCAUCGUGCAGGCCACGGACAUGGAGGGCAACCUGAACUUUGGCCUUUCCAACACAGCCACUGCCAUCAUCACUGUAACGGACAUCAACGACAACCCUCCCAUGCUGACCUCUAGAACCUUUUCCGGUGAGGUCCCAGAGAACCGGGUCGAUGUUGUGGUGGCUAAUCUGACGGUGAUAGAUGCUGAUCAACCGCACUCCCCUAACUGGAACGCUGUCUACAGGAUUAUCAGCGGGGACCCUUCUGGGCACUUCACCAUCCGCACUGACCCUGUCAGCAACGACGGCAUGGUGACCGUGGUGAAGCCAGUAGACUUUGAGAUGAACCGUGCCUUCAUGCUGACGGUGGUGGUGUCCAACCAGGCCCAUCUAGCCAGCGGCAUCCAGUCCUCACUCCAGUCGACAGCUGGGGUCACCAUAUCUGUCCAGGAUGUCAACGAACCUCCAUACUUCCCCACGAACCCAAAACACAUACGCUUCGAGGAAGGCGUCCCCGCUGGCACCAGCCUAACAACGUUCUCAGCCUCAGAUCCUGACCGAUUACAGAUGCAGCAGACAAUCAGGUAUUCAAAGCUGAACGACCCCGCAGACUGGUUGUCCAUCAACAGGACCAAUGGACAGAUCAUCACCACAGCAAUGCUCGACCGGGAGUCUAUCUAUGUCAAAAACAAUAUAUACGAAGCCACAUUCCUGGCGACAGAUAACGGCUCUCCAGCAGCCAGCGGCACAGGCACACUGCAGAUCUAUCUGAUAGAUAUUAACGACAACUCCCCAGCGCUCAUACCCAAAGAGUCUCAGAUCUGUGAGCGGAUGAACAGAAACGUCAAUGGUGUCAACAUCACCGCAGCUGAUGCCGACACGGACCCCAACGCUGGACCCUUCGUGUUUGAGCUGCCAAACUUUCCCACCAGCAUUCGACGCAACUGGACGAUUUCUCGGAUCAGUGGUGAUUACGCCCGUCUAGGCCUGCGGUACCAGGUGUAUUUAGAGCCCGGGGUGUAUGAAGUCCCUGUGAUUGUUUCGGACUCGGGGAACCCUCCGUUGUCGAACAGGUCGGUCAUCAAAGUGAAGGUGUGUCCCUGUGAUGAAAACGGAGACUGCACCACUCUCGGGGCCGUGGCAGCCGCCGGCCUGGGAACUGGUGCCAUCAUCUCCAUCCUCAUCUGCAUCAUCAUACUCCUCAGCAUGGUGCUGUUGUUUGUGGUGUGGAUCAAGCGCAGAGAGAAGGAAAGACAGACCAAGCAGCUGCUUAUUGACCCUGAAGAUGACGUCAGAGACAACAUCCUCAAAUACGAUGAAGAAGGAGGAGGAGAAGAGGACCAGGACUACGACCUGAGCCAGCUACAGCAGCCUGACUCCUUGGAGCACAUCAUGAGCAAGCCACCUGGUGUCCGCAGGGUGGACGAACGUCCCAUCAUCCCCGAGUCCCAGUACCCAAUCAGAGCUGUGGUGCCCCAUCCUGGAGACAUCGGGGACUUCAUCCACGAGGGUCUGCGAGCAGCAGACAACGACCCCACAGCUCCUCCGUAUGACUCCCUGUUGGUGUUUGACUAUGAGGGCAGCGGCUCUACCGCCGGCUCCGUCAGCUCCCUUAACUCCUCCAGCACGGGGGACCAGGACUAUGACUACCUCAACGACUGGGGUCCCCGCUUCAAGAAGCUGGCCGACAUGUACGGAGGAGGGGAUGACGAUUAAAUCUGCCCGGUCACACAUGCACACACACCACACACCCUCGUCCCGUCAGCUGGCCUGCCAUGCUCUGUCCCUCUAACACAUGGGGCUGUUACACCCUAUUGAACACAAGUUAACAUGUUCACACUGACCAACUGACUGACCAACCAACCAACCAAUCAAAUAAGCCACCACAGAGGACUGGUGCCGUGAGUCAGUUUCGGGUGCUCUUCUCAACCGUCUCCUGCUCUAAGCCUGUCUAAGACUGAAACUGAAGCUCUGAAAUGCAGGCUUCUCAUAGUUUGUAUUCAAACUCUUGUGUUUUUUGUUUCAUUUUAUGCUGAUGUAGGUUUUAGUUUUUUAAGAGUCAGAUUAUGUUUUUCAUUUUGUUUGUGUAGCUUUUUUUUUUUUUUGUCCCCACUCCCGUCCGAUUCGAGCCUUUCCUUUUAUUCCUGAGGCGUUUCACUUUUCCCUCGCUGUCAGCCCCUGCCUGCCCGUCUGCAGAAGCUUUAGGUUGAGCAGCUUGCUUUGUCUGAAGGGAACUGAAGGAAAAAUAGAAGAAGAAGAAGAAGAAGAAGAAGAACACAGAUAUGAAAGUCCUUCUUGCACGGAGGGCCCUGGUUUAUUCUUUCUUGAACUUGAAUUACUUAGAACAGAAGCACUGUUGUUUAAAAAGUGCCUUCAGUGGUGCGUAUUUUAGCAGACUCCCGCUAACUCAGGAUUGGUUGCCAUUUUUCGGGCUUAAAUGCCCCCAUAUGACCCCAGACCCUUUAACUCCCCUUGUCAUUUCUCUGGUCCUGCAGGGCUGUGGUGGCAGGAGAUGUCAGCGCUGGUUUCAGAGGAGCAUUUGCUGGCUUACGAGGGCGCUUUACGUAGACGUACUGUACAUAGGCCUCCAGUGUGUCUGUGAGUAAUGAACAAACCAUUCAAGUCAGGCACAUCUGUGCUCCUAGAUCACAGCCAACCACAGUGUGAUUACUGUAAUCACAAAAAAAACACAUUAAGGGACUGUCAUAGAGAACAAAUGCAUUGUGUGUCUGUGUUUAUCGUGGCUUCAAUAGCAGCUGUGUUUGUUUUGAGUGCUUAGUAUUUGCACCUGAAACUCGAUAAAGCUUGUCAUGAAAUUUUGAAGAUGGACAAGUCACAUGUGUUACCUCUGUAAUGUUACUGUAUAUGAAGUUCAAAAUGAGCAGUUAUUUAAGGAGACUUUGCCUUUUAAGAUGAUUUAAGGUUUGCAUGUUUAUCCCUUCACCCAAAGGUAAUUAACAUGGCACCGGUUAUUGUGUGGUAAAUGUGUCAAAGAAAACUAUUUAAACUGUACAAACAUGAGGGGAAUGAAAAAACAGGAUUUGCUUCAAAUAGCUUUUGAUAGCAUUACAUACAGAGUUGUGAGCUCCAUUCUGAAUCCCUUUCUUCUCAUUUUUUUUUUUUUUUUUUUUGUUGCCUUUUGUUGUCUCAGUAAACUUUUAAUAUACAAACUUUGGUGCCGGUCCCUGUCACAGAAACUUGGGGGAACUGAGCCUCAGCCAGGGAUUUAGCGCCUUCACAAUCUGUCUCUCUUCAGGCAGCGUUUCAUUCAUCUGAAAUUUUCUCCUGAAAUUUUUGGCUGCGAGUUCAAGAGGUUUUUGAAAAAGAAGUUGGAGGAAGGGAAAGUCUGGUAUGAAGUUGUGCACUUUAUCAAAGUGGACUUGCAAAACUAAAGCUUAAGUAAUAACGCUUUAUGAGACAGACAUUUUUAAAAGACAGUUUUGUUGUGACUUAAUGAAAAAGCAGCACGACCCAUGGGCUUGUGUGAUCAUAUAUCAGCCCCCCACCCCCAUGUAGAGAACAGGAGAAAAAAGAGGUUUAGACUUUAAUAUUAAAUUAUUUAAAUAUGCAAAACAUUUCACAGAGGAACCAGGGAGAUGGUGGUGGAUGAUAGAAAGGUUUAAUCAUUCCUUAUCUUCUGAGUGCCCAUUGAAGCACUCCUCAGUUGUCGUCAGUUUCAACUUGAUGUGGCCUGAGCAGAUUUUUCUAUUAAUUAUGAAUAUGAUGAAUGCUUGGAGGAAAUCUCAGAAACGACACUGUUCUUCAGAUGAUGUGACGAGAAAGGAUCCUCCACUCCUUUUUCUUGUUUUUUUUCUCCUGCUGCCACCGUUUCCUCACCUGCUCACGCUUCAUAUAAAAUUAUCAUUAGGUUUCACAAACGAUGAUAAAAAUUGCUCAGAGUGGGUGGAAGACAUGAAUAGUAAUAAUAAAUAUUGCCUGUUAGUGCAAUUGUUUAUUAUGCCAUAACAAAGAAAUAAAGACAAGAGUUUGAUGUGACUAUAAAAAAAUGCAAAGGAAGGUCAUGGGAUAAUAAAUAAGGUAAACAGGGUAGGAAUCUUUUGAUUUACAUAAAUAUAUAAAGGGGUGAUUUUUCAGGAUAGCUGUCAGCUUAGUGUGGAAACAGAGUCAACAUGAGAAAAAGCAGUAGUUUCCACAGCCUGCUACUGGAUAAUCUCUUUUUCUAUCCAACGUUUUCUCAGCCUACAGAAUAUCUUCACAAAAUAAACACAGCUGUUACUUUUCUCCUAUUUGUGAUUAUUUCUGACAUAUAAAUGUUGUAUAUACGGAACAUUUUUAUACAUUUGGUAACAUGAUUUGUCUGUUUCUGUGUGCAUUUUGCUUUCACUCUGGUUUUGUUACAAACGAAUACCUGGCAAUGUAUAUUUCACCACAGAAAGCCAUGUGCAUUUAAAAGAAUCCGUGCGAUUCUAUAUGAGCUUACAGCCAUACUCAUGUCGCUGUUUGUUAUUAGUUUCAUCACGGUGAAAAAGGUUCCACUUCAGACCUACUUGUACAGUCUUACACUAGCACACACUCACUCCUCUUGGCCUUACUGUAUAUAUGUGAGUGUUCUAUAUUAUAUGAGCCCUUUCAGCAUUGUUCUAAUUCAGCUGCAGGGCUUCAACAUUGCCGAAGGCCAUCCAGCAUCCAGAAAACUAAAGACAUGUCAUUAAACGCCCGUGCGCUCCUAUCACAAUGGAUUCAGGGCCAAACAUAGCAGGAGGCCCCCACACAUACAUACACACACACACACGCACACACACACACACACACACACACGUACACACACACACACACUUCACACAAGGUAACUGACUUUAUAACUGUGUCAUACAUGAAUACAUACAUGGCACAACGCCAUAAUGAUACUGAAUGUCAUCAAUGACUCGUAAUGACACAUGGCAGCAAAUCAGAGGAAUAUGACCUGUGAUUUAAAUGCAAAUUUGUGAGGGAAAGUGAAGGGAAAUUGAUCAUUACUUGUUAUGUACUUGGUCCACUUGUCUUAUUGACGGUCCCUUGCUAAAGUAAGGGGAGAAUUAGCAAAUGAUAGAAUGAAGGGAGAACUAUUGCACUGCUGUAGUCCACCCCUGUCUUCUGGCUGUGCCAACAACGUCUCCUCUGCCUCUCUGACUUGUGUUAGUCAAAGGACACUUGGUCUCAAACGGGACACUGCCUGACCGAGGACACACACAUGACGGGAGGCUCCAGCAGAAGCCACUUUUUUUUUGCUCUGCUAUACGGCCAGAACUACAAAGACAGGCAGCAGUGUGUCAUACAAGUUGGCCCAACACUGCUGAAGUCCAAGUGUACAUAAUGUAGUAUUUGCUUGAAGCUAAACAGACCAAGUUAGGCAAACUGUAACUGUACAAUUGGAGCUUUUUGCAUGUGUCUUUUUAUAAUGGACAGAUGAGUUCUAUUACAGUAACCAUACAACAAUUUAAAACGUGUCGCAGCCCGCAUGACCGAGGUUGCAGUCCAGAAGUGAUUCUGGUGUACCAUACUCACAUAGUUUCAAACGGAAGAGAAAAAAAGCUGAAAAAAUAAUUGCACAGUUAUUGAGUCAGAAGACUUUUUUUGUAAAUUGUCAACAGCACAAAUAUUUUGUAUUGUUGUUUGUACCACUUUGUAAGAAAAAGAAAAGAAAAAGAACCAAAAAAAAAGGGAAGGAGUCUGUUGUUUCAAGCGUGUGUUUAUAGUGCCACUGCAAUCUUGGUUUCCAAAUACAGUACAGUAAAUGCGCAGCCUUGCAGAUCAACCUUGUAAUAUAGACGCUGAGCUGGAGACUCCCUGUCAGCAUCAUGUGUUAUAAAUAAAAUUUCCCCUCCUUGUAAGAA